GCAUGAGCUGUGACAUCGUAAGUUCGAACAGUUUUGGUUUGGCAUAGACCUUACCUGUCUCCAGUUUACAUCUACGUGACUAAUCUAGUGUUCGUUCAAUAUUUUAAAAUUUAUUCAAAAUGUGUGUGAGUAGAUUACCUAGUGAAAUCGAAUUUCAAAGGACUAAUACAAAUAAUAAAGAUGUCAGCGGUUUUGUUCCUAAGAAGGCCAAAUCCGAGGCCAAGUCUAAUGGGGUGGUCUUGAGGGGGCUAAAGUUUUCGAGAAAAGUCUCCAAAACGGUCGUGAGUGCUUCCAAAAAUGAGUACGAGGAAGAUAUUUUGGCUGUGUCAACGCGAUAUACCAAAGAUUUUUUUGCAUAUUUGCAGUCCCAAUACCAUAGAUUCCUGACAACUAAUUUCUACAAGAUUCUGGUUUAUACAACACAACCUGCCCAUUUUGUGACUGCCGUAUCUGUGAUAUGGAUAGCCUACUUGAUGUAUCCUAGCAAAAGCCAUACACCUAUGUCUCCUUUGUGGAAUCUAGUCUACUUGGGAUCUUUCAGUGCCCAUUUCGGAGCGCAAAUUUGGAUGACAUUCGUAUCGGGUUUGGCGCUUUAUUUCACGCUAUCGAGACAUACUUUUGGAACCAUUCAACAAGUAUUGUUUCCAAAAUACUUUUUGAUGAAUGCUGUACUGAGCUUGAUAACGUUGGUCAUCUAUCUGAGGACGAAUAAUCAUAAAUUCAAUGAGACUGAAACCAUCAUACAGACGACUGCAAUGUCGCUGUGUUUCAUGGUAGAACUGAUAGUGCGUCUUUACCUGUCGCCGCCACUAUUAAGUCUGAUUGGUGAGAAACAUCUUAUUGAGAAGGAAGCCGGAAUUGGAAUGGAAAUCGGCAAAAUCAAUCUCGGAAGUCUGAAGAACUGUCCAUUUUAUAUGAAAAUUCACAAGAAAUUUAGGAAGAUUCAUAUGACUAUUGCAAUGUUGAACCUGAUAGCGAUGGCAUGUACAGUGUUACAAUUGUAUUAUUUAUCACAUAAGUUGUGUGCGUUGUAAAUAAAUUGUUAGUUUUUUUGUUCUCGAAUAAGCACUAGGAUUAAUUUAUUAUUUAAUUUAUUCAAUCAUACAAAAUCAGUAUUAUUCAUUUUUUAUACUCGCUUCAGAAUUGAUUUUGUAAUAAUAUACAUCAAGUGAACUGAUAUGUUUUUUAGUAAACGUUGAUUUAAUAUCAUGAUAUUAUUUUAUGC